CACUGUGACGCUAACGUUGGUAAAGCUGAUGCAAGUUGAAUGAAUCGAAGAGUAAGCGAUCUGUGAAACUCGAAACGGUAGAAAAUGACAGAUCUUCAAGGAGUUGGGUCACCUGAUCUGACAUCCACAGACCUUUACGAAAAGUUGAAUGCGCAAGGAGAAAAAGUCAGAACUCUGAAGUCGGAAAAGGCCCCGAAAGCUGAGAUUGAUGCUGCUGUACAGGAGCUUCUAAAAUUUAAAGUAGACUAUAAAACAGUGACCGGUCAAGAUUACAAGGCUGGCUGUCCACCAACCAACAUCAUUCCAAACAGUAAUGGCCCAGCGGUAGAGGAUGGAGAUGACCAGGUGGACCCCUGGAAUGUGUCAACAACUAGUGCCAAAGGAGUGGACUAUGAUAAGCUCAUCGUGAGAUUUGGCAGCAGUAAAAUUGACCAAGAACUGAUCGACAGAAUAGGCAGAAUCACUGGGCAAACUCCUCACCGUUUUCUCCGCAGAGGAGUCUUCUUUUCACAUAGAGACAUGCAACAGGUUCUGGACGCUUAUGAGAGCAAGAAGUCUUUCUUUCUCUACACAGGCAGAGGGCCUUCAUCAGAAGCAAUGCAUGUUGGCCAUCUUAUCCCCUUCAUCUUUACCAAAUGGCUUCAGGAUGUGUUUGACGUGCCUCUGGUCAUUCAGUUGACUGAUGAUGAGAAGUACCUGUGGAAGGACCUGACACAGGAGGAGUGUUAUCGGUUUGCUGUGGAAAAUGCUAAAGACAUCAUCGCCUGUGGAUUUGAUGUCAACAAAACAUUUAUCUUCUCUGACCUUGACUAUAUGGGGAUGAGCCCAUCAUUCUAUAGAAAUGUUGUGAAGAUUCAGAAACAUGUCACAUUUAAUCAAGUUAAAGGCAUCUUCGGAUUCACGGACAGUGACUGCAUUGGAAAGAUCAGCUUUCCUGCCAUACAAGCAGCACCUUCAUUCAGCAGUUCAUUCCCACAGAUUUUCAAUGACCGGAAGGAUUUACAGUGUCUUAUUCCCUGUGCUAUUGACCAGGACCCAUAUUUCCGUAUGACUCGAGAUGUAGCACCUCGGAUAAGCUACCCCAAACCUGCUCUGAUGCACUCCACCUUCUUCCCUGCCUUGCAAGGAGCUCAGACCAAAAUGAGCGCCAGUGACCCUAACUCUUCCAUCUUCCUGACAGACACGCCAAAACAGAUCAAAAACAAGAUCAACAAGCAUGCAUUUUCUGGUGGAAAAGACACUAUAGAGGAGCACAGAAAGUACGGAGGAAACCCAGACGUAGACGUAUCAUUUAUGUACCUAACCUUCUUCCUGGAAGAUGACUGUCAGUUGCAGAAAAUCCGACAGGAUUAUACUAGUGGAGCACUGCUGACCGGUGAACUGAAGAAGUGUCUUAUCGAGACCCUUCAGCCUAUGAUCGCAACCCACCAAGAGAGGCGCAAGCAAGUAACAGAUGAACUGGUCAAGCAGUUUAUGACCCCUCGAAAGCUAGAGUUCAACUUUUAAUUUGAAGGGGAAAAAAUGAGAGAUGAAAGGGACUGUUGGCUGUAAUUUUAAUCAUGCUUUAACUUAACUGCAGUAACCAAAUGGACAUUAUUUAGAAUCCACAAGGACAAGACAUACACUCAUGCCCUGUUGCUAAAAAUGAAACAUGCCAAAAUAUCAAUGUAAACAUAUCACAGCAAUGUUGUCUAACAUGAACAAAUGUCAAAUAAAAUGAAUGCUUUA